UUCUACCACCUCUACCCGUUCGAGAAGAUGUCCAUAUGCACUGACACAAUAAAAUCUGAAAAGGGUUGGAGGGAUAGCAUAGUGGGCAUUAGUGGGGCUUGGUCUUCGCCGGCUGCAGAGGAUUACCCAAUCCCGAGCGCCUUUGGUGUCUGCUCUGUCUCCUCCUAUAAAAAAUUCAAAUCCCAUAAACAUGACUGCCCCUGUGAAACAUGCGUUCCUCGUUUUUGCACUUACUUAUGCCGCUCCUUGGGAAUACCUUGUGAUGACUUGAGCUAUAGUGUUUGCAGGGAUAGGAGUAACUACUUGAAGAGAUACGUUCUGAACGAUAUUCCUUCCUGCUCAGAUCUCCUCACUUCAGACAACCUCUUUGCGCUCUCAUCACUCGGCUACAACAUGAGCAGACUUCAGAUUCCCUCUUUUGGCAGGAGGAAAAAUACUCCCCCAGCCACUCCUGCUGCUGGGGCGACCUCCUCUCCAGCGUCAGCUUCUUCUUCAGCCACCAUAUCUGACACUGUCCCGAGCGCAGUGGCUACUAACCCUGUUGCCAGCGCCCCUGCUGCCAACCAGAACGCGCCCUCCCCAGCUACCAUAGCUCCUGCUGCUGCGGGGGGCGGUCGGGACAAAGAACGAGGCAAAAGGCCUCAUCCUGACAGUGAAAUCGAUCCUGAGGAGGAGCCUCUCAUUAGAAGGACCCGGGUCUCUGGGCCGGGUACUCUCUUGCACCGAGCGAUCAGAGCUCCUUCUCCCUCUGGGCCUCCCGCAGCUGGUGGCUCUGCUUCUGCUUCAGGCCCCCCUUCUAUCCCCAGCUUACCGCCAUGGGCCCCUCGGUACACCCGAACGGAUGGGACGUUCGUGAAACCGAACGAGACCAUGCUGAAGGAUGGCCAGACCGCUAUGGCCUACUACAGGAGCAUGUGGACUCCGAAGGACCUUGAGGCGGCAAAGGGCCUUUCCCAGAAGGACGUGUUCAGUCGCUUUCCCCAAUCUGCUAUGGAGACAUUGUUCGGGAUGAUGGCCAUGCAGAAGCAGGUGGAGAUGGGGAACGCCAGGGCCCGAAAGUAUUCUGACAGCCUGGAGGUGGCUAAUAAAGAAAAUGACCUCCUUGCCAUGAAGAAUACCGAGGUGCUGGUUCGGCUUGACAAAGCCGAGCAAGAGAGAGAUGUCCUGAAGAAGGAGAAUGAUUCCCUUCAGGAUGAGAAGGACGCCCUCCAGCUUGAGAAGAGCGUCUGGCAGACUGAGCGGGAAUCAAUUAGAGAAGAGAAGGCAGAACUCCAGCGCCUUCUAGCUGAUGAACAGUCUGCUCGGAUGGCUUUUGAAAAAAGAGCUCUCGACGAGCGUACCGCUCUGAUCGACGCGAUCAGCAGAGUGGGUGGUGGGAUGCUGGCCCUUCACGCUCGGUUCUCCAGGGUCGGUGCUCUUCGGUAUGCUCAAGGAUUCCGGGAAGGUUUCGCCGACCGGGUUCCGGAUGAGGGACAGACCAGCUCCACUCCGGAUGAGGUAGACAAGGAUCUGGGGAUCGAACCUCUGGGGGUCUAUGUCGACCCAGAACCCACCGAAGCGGAACGUAUAUUUGAUGAGUGCCAGGACAUCGCAUCCUCAAGGAUCAUCACAGCUCCUCCUACUGCUCUGCCACUGACCGCUCCCCAAUCGUCAACCGUGGCUCCUUCUAUAGCCACUGCUGACGCUGAACCCCAGCCGAACGAUUCAGUCAUUCACCUGGAUUCCCCACCUCAUGAGGGUGAGGCGGCUGAUGGGGCCGAGGAGGCGAGUCGGCAAGACCAGGAUGCUGUUGGUACUGAGGCGUCUAGCUAGGGCUCCUUCGAAUUCUUCUAGUUCAUAUCUUCUUGUAAUGAUGGACAUCUCUCUUUUGUAAACUCAAUGUUCAAUAUUAAUGAAA